GACGUGAUUUCCUUCCUUCGCUGGAGUGCUGCUGCUGUUCGAGUAGCUGUCAUCGAGAAGGCUGGAAGAGAGUGGGGGGGGGUCACAAUGCCCCUGGAGGUGAAAUGGCCGUUCCCACAUCGCCCCCGUCUGCCCUGGAAGAUCUCCAGCACCUUGAUCACGGGGCUAGUGGGCUCUUACAGCUACCUCUGGACCAAGUACUUCAACUACCUGACUGUCCACAAUCAGGAUGUCCUGUUUGAGCUAAUUGACAACCGACCUCGCAGUACGCCCCUGAUCACCCUCUCAAACCACCAGUCCUGUAUGGAUGAUCCUCACCUCUGGGGUAUCUUGAAGUUGCGCCAUCUCUGGAGUCUUAAGAAAAUGAGGUGGACUCCCGCAGCAUCAGACAUCUGCUUUACUAAAGAGCUGCACUCUUGCUUUUUCAGUCGGGGGAAGUGUGUGCCAGUGUGCAGAGGAGAUGGAGUCUACCAAAAAGGAAUGGAUUUUAUUCUGGAGAAACUUAAUAGUGGCGAUUGGGUCCAUAUCUUCCCAGAGGGGAAGGUUAACAUGACACAGGAAUUUAUUAGGCUAAAAUGGGGUGUUGGGCGUUUGAUAGCAGAGUGUACACUGAACCCUGUGAUUCUGCCUCUGUGGCAUGUAGGGAUGAAUGAUGUCCUUCCGAACAAACCUCCUUACAUUCCCCGUAUUGGUCAAAAAAUAACAAUUCUGGUUGGGAAACCAUUCACUAUGAAGCAUCUUUUGGAAUCCCUGAAAUCCGAAAACAAGAAUCCGGUUGAAAUGAGGAAAGCUUUGACUGACUUCAUCCAGGAGGAGUUCUGCAGUCUGAAGUCUCAGGCAGAAGCCCUUCACCAGCGGCUGCAAUCCACUGGACGAUAGCCAGGCUUGAAGAGCGGCCUAUGCAAAUCACUGCAUAGGUGCACGGCAGAGGAGAUGAAAGACAAAAUGCUGAAAGCCAAAGCAAGGCCAUAUUCACAAGUUAAACGAGGAGCUCAGUUUGCGUGUGCUUGCACUUGUUGGUAACUUCUUCGGUAGAUGGGAUUGACAUGAAAGUUUCAUGUUUUAAGCAGAAAAGGUAGAAUCAUACCCCAGUUAGAUAUUGCAGACAUUAAACGGUGAAAAAUGGCUGAUCCUGCCAUUUUUAGAAUAAUGAAAUGGGUUUGUGAGGAAAGUCCUAAGUAACUCAAACAUAGCCAGUUCCUUGGGAUGCAUGUGGAUGGACCGUAUGGGCAGAUACUGUCUGUUGGCAUUUUCCAUGAAGUGGUGCAUAUUUCUGCAUAUUUGUUUCAGCACUGCUUAGUUUUGGUAGGUAGGGAGUUUUGGUUUUCAUGUAUUACCACACAGGAUUGAUACCUGGGACCUGUGUACUAUAGCUGAUGUGCACCACUGGGUAAUGCAGAAUUUGCCUGAGCACAGCUAAGAUUGGGCAGAAUGGAAUCCUGUAGGGGCAUUUUAUCGGCCCAUAAGCCUACUGGACAAAACUGUUCGGGUAGAGAACUGGUGUGCUGUCUUUGAUUUUUAAGGAAUGCUGGAUGUGUUUCAGAGUUAUAGCACACAAACAUGCAUGUCUGCAUGUCUGCAUGUGGCAUGAGACUUAAACACUGGCCCUAGUGAGUUACGCUGUCUUUUAAUUUUAACACCAUACUGUACAUCCAGCCACUCACAUUUUGGCUUGAUAAAUCAGGAUGGAUGAAGUAUUCAGCCUUUUAAGGCCUUUCUAAUCCUGCUGGACUGGGAGAAUCUAGCAGUGGGAUUAGAGACCAUUGAUCUGUGGUUUGCUGAGCCAAGUGAACAUUCUGAAAGUGAAAAUAUCUAUCCUUUUAUUUAAAAAAAUAAAAUCAUGAAUAGGUCUGUAUUGAAUGGUUUCUCUUGUCCAGCUGUGUGGUUAUUAGGGAUGUGUUUUGUCUAAAAAAGAUAUUUGAUUUCUGAAGUAAUCUUUGCUGAUUGAUUUUAAAAUAGGCCUUGGCAUUGACAUUAAAUUUAAAUAUCAAUGUCAAGUUAAAUGGCAUUGAGAAUAAAAGUUAAAAUAUUAUUUUAAGGAAGACAUGGCUACCUCCUUUCUUUGUUGACCGUAAACCUGAUAUCUUCACUGAAGGCUUUACAGUGUCAGCUUGUUCAGUAUUUGUGUCCUGUAGGACCAGAAGAUACUGUUGGUAUCUGCUGUUUCAUCUUUCAAUGCACAGCUUGGUCAUAUCUAUAAAAAAUAUAACUUAUUCAAGAAAUAAAAUACUGGACUUGUUUAUGAAUAAGAGUACAAUUAACUAUACCUAUAUAUAUCUGCAUAUCUAUACGUUUAUUAUACAGUUGGAAUGCAUCCUGUUUGGAUGCUUCUGACAUCGUCUUGAUUAAUUUUUGGAAGGUGAUUUCCCUAGAGCACAUCAAACAGAGUGACAUGUUGGUCUAGCAGACAGAGCAAUAGAGACUUUUGCAGAAGGAGUUUAACAAGAUAUGCCAGAAGGUAUAAAUGAAACCGCUGUAAAAGACAUGUUCCAUACUUGAAUGUGGCAUUUCACUGUUAGUUGUACAUAUUUGCUCAUUAUGAAGUUCUAACAUAUCACAAUGGUAAAUGCUUGUGAAUAUGACCAUGGUUUGGGCAAUGGACUUAUUUGCAAUGGGUAGAAUAACCUGUGCAGGACUUUAAUGGAUGCACAGCACUGUCCAUGAAAUAUUUAUACUUUCACCCAGCCUGGCCUCUACUGCACCGAUAAUCAGCAAUCACCUUGCAGCUACACUGAUGGGAGGUUUCAGUUUGGAUGUAGUUUUGCCUUAACUAAACUUUCCAAACUUUUGUUAACAGUUGUUGACCAAUUUGUAGUUCUUUUGUGUUUCUUUUUUCCUAUUGAUACUAAGAUUUUCAGUCAACACCCACAAUGGAAUUUUGGGCCCCCAAAGCAAACAGUUUCUGAAGGGUAUUACAAUAUUUACAAUAAAAUACAUGGCAGUUCGAUACGUGUUCAUGUUAUAUUAAAUAUAGAUGAGGUGGGUGGCAUGAUGGUGCAAUGGUUAGCAUUGCUGCCUUGCAGUGCUGGAGCUCAGGUCCUACCUUUGCAGAGUUUGUAAGUCCCCCCCCUGUGUUUGCAUGGAUUUCCUCCAGGUAGUCCAGUUUCCUCCCACUGUCCAAAAAUAUAGAUCUAGUUUUAUUGACUUCUGGGAAUAUUGUCCCUGGUGUGUGAGAGUGUGUGAGAGUGUGAGACAUGGGAUGGACUGAUGUCCCAUCCAAGGCAUACCCUACCUGAGGCUUCAGAUCCUCCAUGAACCUUAAUUGGAUUAAGAGAUUAAAAAAUUGAUAGAUUACUAUAGAGAUAGGAACACCUAUAAUAAUGUUUCUGUUAUUUAGAAAUCUGAGAUACUUGGAAUGUUUGCCAGAAGAAACAACAGAAUGCUUAACAUUAUAUACAGAUUUGAGCCGCACCAACUGCCUGAAUAAUUCAUUGUAACAGUGCUCAGCACACUGAGCUAGUUGCAGAAGUAACGUCAUCACCCUCUGAAAUCUAGACAGUGUAGUCUCAGUCUUCUGACCUGUCUGAGUUAUUCACUGUUUAGAGAGAGGUGCCAUGCAUGCUCAGAGCCUGCAAGUAACCGGGAUUGAAUCCUGGCAGAGACAGGGAGAGAUGCACUUGUUACUUAACAUCUUAAUGGCUGCCAGUUUGGGAAUCCAGUUUAAGGUAUGUUUAGUUGUUAAAGUGUUGUUUCUGGGUACAAAUGGCACUCCAUACUGCACAGAGCAAUAGAGGACUGAUGUAAUUCUAGGCAGAGAUGAAUUUAUAACCAAAAAAUUUAAAAGACUUGAACAGGAAACUGGAACAGAUGAGGUGCCCUAAAUAUAAAUACUAGAUCCUAAUCAACUAAUUUAAAAGUUUUAUGAAAAUGGAAUUUACAGUUGAGAGUACUCAAUACACAAUAGGAUGUGCCACGAGACAAAACUAGAGAUAUGAACAUGAACUGAGGUAGUCCAUCGUUACGGAUUUAAUCAUUUUGUAUUUUGAUAAGACUUUUGAUGUUUUGUCCCCUAUCUUUUAUAAAGCUGUUUUAAUUAUGUCCUAAACUGUAGCCCAAAAGGCUUGGCAGCUGAUGUUAAUCUUUUGUACUUGUAUUUGAGGUUUUCUCAUGUAUAAGAUAAUGUUAAGCUAACUAGUAGCUGCAAUGUCACAGUUAUUUUUAAUUGUAUUUUCCUUUUAAUUUUGUAUAUGAAGUAUUUUUAUAACAGUGAUUAAAUUUAACUUGGAACUGAUUGAACUGGAUUAUAUGGAUAUAAUAUAACUAAAGAAGAAAAAGAUCUUGUACUGCCUUAUUGGAAUCAGUUCAGAAAGUUUGUUUCAUUCUGUUCCUAGUUCAAGUUAAUAAAAUAUGGGCUUUUA